UCAAUAGACUCGUGGCGCGAUAGUUGGAUCUUAUGAAAUAAUAACAAAUAUAAUAACGUAUUUGACAGACAAUGUAUAAAAACUAUAGAAGUUAGUACAUUUUUUCGUGGUGCAAAAACGAGUAGCGUAUCGUGUUGUUCUGAUAUAUGUGGCUUGAGUUAUUGCAGUUCCAGUAGUUAAACUAAGUAUAUUGAUUUUCAUUCUUCACCGGUUUAAACAAUUGUUACGAAUUUUCAGCAACAUAAAAAUUUUACUAGUUUGUGGAUAUAAACAGAAAGACGUAAAACAUAAUAAUUAUUAAAAGUAAAACGGUUUAAAUAGUGUGAAUUAAAUCAAUUUGCAAAACUUCCUGGGAAUAACAAACAACGAUAUAAUGGAGAAGGUGGAAUCAGCCCUGGACGUGCUAUCAAGGGCCGCCACAAUGGUGCAGCCGUGUCCAGCUUACCCCGCCAGUGAUUCCGAUAGCUUUGAGACACCGAGCACUGCAUCGAGUGGCGAGUCUGAGGGUGACCGUACUCUCUCACCUGAAGCGCCCAGGACUCCUCAAAUCAAGGAAAUGACUGGCAAAUGGCGCAGAGAGCGAAGGUCAAUGAGACAGCCUGACUACAGACCUAGGGAAAAUGGCAAGAUGGCGCUACGAUCGCAGUCAUUCAACGAAAGGCGUUGUGUGGCAACGGUAGCGCGCGCACAGCCACAUAGCGACGGAGAGCUCUCAGAUGAAGUGGACGAUGCUCCCACCAAUUUAAGCUAUAAUGAAAAAGGAGCGCCACCAGAAUAUCCUGGUGGAAAAUAUGAAGCGCCUAUCGAUAUGCGACUGCGAGCGCGACCUGCGCCUCCUCCUUACAACCGGCCAUCUGUCAUCACAAAAAGUAAUGACACUCCACCAGGUUCAAUGUCAAUGUGUGAUCCAGUGAUAGACGAGCAUUUUAGACGAUCACUAGGAGACGACUACAUGAACUUAUUCAAGAAAAACGGAGAGAACGUCCAGCCAGGUCCAAAACCAAACACCAAGGACCGAGCGAGCAGUCCAAUCCAAUUCAAACCCGAGGAACCCCCGAAACCAACUAAAACAAUAGCCAUGGAAGUAGACGAUGCUAGUCUCUGGGUUGACGACCACUUUGAGAAAGCUCUCGGUGACACGUGGCGGCAGAUACAAACGUCCAGAUCAAAAGAUGGCGAGAAAACACAAACGUCGAGCAAAGGAGUGGUUGACGAUCACUUCAGCAAAGCACUUGGCGAUACGUGGAAGAAAAUACAAUCCUCCAAGAUAAACAUUGACGCAUCGAGGGAGAAAUCUAAAGAACAAACCACGAAAAUUAUUUCGAGGAGCGGAGUCGUAAUAUAAUAAGAGUAGUUAAGGCUCUGGGUGGUUCGGUUUACGGCCUUGUAAAAUUUACGAGGCAUUUUCAUGAUGCUAACUGGAGUAUCAAUAAAUUCCCACUUGUUUAACAUAAAGGAAGCUAUUAGAUAUUUUAUUGUCAGCACGACAUCUGAUGAAUGUCAUUUUUUUUUAUUAUUUUCAAUUAAAUCUGCGAACCAUGACAUUCUGUUACCUUAGGUUUUGGGUAUAAGUUUUGAAGGUGUAUUUAAUUUAAUAUAUCUAUAUAAUUUAGUGCUAAUAGUCAAUUAGUAGUCACCAGUUACACAGUGUAAGGUAUUACCUCAAUGUAAGCGCUUUUGCACAAUUCACUAUAGGUUAAUAAUUUUAUAAUGUAUUGUAAAUAUAAUAAUUAUUAAAGUCACUGUAUUUUAAAUACAAGAAGAGAUGAUGGGUGAUUAUCUAUAAGAUUAAUUAUUAACGAUUAUGUUCCUUGUGUACACUUUGCGUAUGUAUAUGUUUGUAGUAGGUAAUGUUUAAAAUAUGUAUGUUUGGAGAAGUAUGAGAGAGUACGAAUGUUACAAUGAAAGCCCAACGAAACAUAUUAUGUGGGAUGUUAUUUAUAAAUAACAUUAUUUUAUUAUUUUUGUCUCAUAUAAAAUUAAUAAAUAAUUCGUAUGUCUAUCUGUCUAGAGAACAAUUAAUUGAUAAUUGUGUUUUGUUGUGAUAAAAUUAUUAACUGAAAACUAAUUACAUACGUUUUAAGGAAGGAGAGAAAUGAUCAAAUGUUAUAUUCAAAUGCAACGAAUUUGAAAUAGUCCAGUGAAACUACAACAGAAAUUGUUGAAUGAAAUGACCUUGGUUUGGCAAACGAAGAAAAAUUCCAAUACGCGACAAGAAGAAGAGAACACGUGUUACUAUAAUAAAUAUAAUAUGUCAUUAAAAUAUUUUUUGCAAUAAAUUUCCAAUCAAUACUAUCUAAUCAAUUUUAUAGAUUACAAAAAGAAUCAAUUGAAAAUUAACAAUUAUUUUAUAUGAAAUAAAUAUCUUCUUAGACCUUUAAGUCUAUUCAAAAUUGUUAAUUACAAGCAUAAGAUUAUUAGAUUCAAAUUUAUUAAAAAAAAACAAUAGUUGUAUUUAUUUUUAAUUCGCCGAUGUAACAACGACUCUUUUAUUACUAUAUAAGUAUUGAUCGCUUCUUUUAAUUUACCUUGCCUUUUAGAUAGGGGAUGUAUUUACAAAUUCUUUGUCUAUUGUAUUUUUAAUUGAAAUUAACAAGUCCUGUGUAGUGGUAUUAUAUUUUAUUAAUCGACUUCAGAAAUAGAAGAAGUUCUGUAUUCGACUGUAUGUGUUUUUUUUUUGUUGUUAAGGAGAAAAGCAAGCCAAACCUUGCAGCUAAAAUAUUAUACAUUCUUGCAAAGAAGUUCAGUUACUUUUCAUGCAGAUAAUGAUCGGCAAUCAAUUAUGAAUCCAUUUGAUAAUUUUGCUUAACAAUGCUUUAAUGUUUUGUGAGUGUAAUAAAGAAGAAGUUUUAAUUCCAUGCAGUUUUUAUCGCCAACAUUGAACAAUGGCUUGGAUAAUUAUGUCAAAGGCUAUUAUAUUAUAAUGAAUUGUUUGCUAGAACUGUCAUACUGUUGACAAUAAACUAUCAAUAAACGCUCAUCUUACAUAAUUGAGAUAUUCCCAUUAAUCAUAAGAAAUACUAAGUACCUACCUAUGUAGAAUGUAUUUUUCAUUCGGUAGAAAGAUUUCCUUAAUAAACACUCUUCUAUAAAAAUUAAGAUAAACAAUAAUAAUUCGAAAUUUAAAUAGUAACCUACAGUAUUUCGAGAUAUAUCUUGCAAUUUUUAUCAAAAUUAGCUUAGUAAUUUUUGUUGAUUAUUGUAAAAAUAAAUCUCAACAUUUCCUCUUCAUUAUAGAUAUUAUUUUGUAUGAACGAGAUGAUAAUAAGUUUGGUUAAUGUAACCAACGUAAUCCUAAUUACCUACCUACAUAAAAUAUGUUAUGUAAAUGAAUGUAAAUAAAAUUUCCUAUUUAUGCACUCUAUAGUUAUAAAAUGUCGCUGAAAGAAAAUACAUAAAUAUAAAUGAACAAAAA